CUGUGAUAAAAAGAGGGGCGCGGGGGAAAAGUAGGGAGAAGGUCUGGAGUCAUUCCCUCUCCUUCACACUGCACCCGCAACUUCCCCGGCAGCCCUCAGGCUCACGGGCGCCGUCCGGAGCCUCCCGGGGAGCAGAGGAGCCGCAGCCACUCGCCGCCGGCCCGGCCCGUCUCAGCACCGCGCCCGCCGCCGAGCGAGGCUGCCCUCCAAGGAUUCCUGGUCUCUGUGCAUGUGAGGUGUGAAGGUGGGAGCACCCCAAAGCCCUCAUCAUGGAUUUUGUUAUGAAACAAGCUCUAGGAGGGGCUACCAAAGACAUGGGGAAGAUGCUGGGUGGAGAUGAGGAGAAAGACCCAGAUGCUGCCAAGAAAGAAGAGGAACGACAGGAAGCCCUCAGGCAACAAGAGGAAGAGAGGAAAGCCAAAUAUGCCAAGAUGGAGGCUGAAAGAGAAGUUAUGAGACAAGGGAUUCGAGACAAGUAUGGGAUAAAGAAGAAGGAAGAAAAGGAAGCAGAGGCCCAGGCUGCACUGGAAGCUAAUGCUGAAGGGAGUCUGACACGCCCAAAGAAGGCGAUCCCUCCUGGCUGUGGGGAUGAGGAGGAGGAGGAAGAAGAGAGCAUUCUAGACACAGUCAUCAAAUACCUACCAGGGCCCCUGCAGGACAUGUUCAAGAAGUAAUAGCUGCAGACUGUUAGAUGGGCAUAAACAGUACUGCAAAGGAUUUCUCUUUUGCCCAAUGGGGAUUUACAAUCUUGCCAUCCAUCAUGCAGCCCUCCCCACCUCUGCCCUCUACUGCUCACUAGGAGUCCCUUCGCUUCCCAUUCCCUUCUAACAGCCUCUUUCCCUUUCCUCCACCCCAAGACUUAUCCAUUCCUUUUUUGUACAUAGUCUCACAUCCAGUAGAUGCCUCUGAAUGGAUGUAAGGAUUAAAAAGCUGCAGACUACACAACUUUUAUUAUAAGCCAUAGUACUAUGUAUGUUAAAUAAGGCAACUGCACAUCAAGCAUAGAAAAGGAACAAUCUCAUUUCCAUCCAGAGCAAGAAGGAGUGUUCACUAAGUAUGAACAGUGGCCUCUUUAGUUUUUUUAAUUAUCUUUUUUUAAUUAUUAUUUUUGAUAAUAAUUAGUCAUUAUUAUAAUGUUCUUGUUGAUUAGGUCACACUAGCCAUUUUUUGUUGACGACAUCUGCUCUUGGCAGGGAUAUCUCAGUUAUCCCAUGGAAGCAGAGCUUUUCAGUUUUAAUUCCAUUGCUGACAUAAAUAAAAGAUCAUUUGUAAAGUAAAUCAUGCAUGACUUACACAACUGACAUCACGCAGAACUGUGGAAGAAGUGAGUCAUCUGCCCUCAGAUGCUGUAGAAGUUAAAUGCCUCAGAAUCUAAGCAAGAGUCAUGUUGCUUUGGGAAUUAGCCAUACACUUAACUUGAAAGAGCAAAUUGGUGAGACAGUUGCUGUACAGAGAGCUGAGACCGCAGGAGAGUGCAUGGUGCUCUGGUAGAGGACCUUCCCAGCCCCUCUGAAGCCAGUGACCAAGUACAUUUGCUGCUCUGUUUAACCUUCCUCUUUCUACCCAAUACCAUAUUCAACACUCGCAUUUCCAGCACUGUUUUCAGGCUGGGCGUUUGAGUUUCCAGCAUAUUGUUGUGGCUGUGUCAUGCCCACCUCUUCCUGCAGUGUGUGGGUGUGUGUUGUGGCUCAAGUGUUAGUUAUGGCCCUGGAGAUCCAGAAAUUCGGGGUAUGCCUGAUAUGUAUUGUGCUAAAUUACUGCCUUGCCUUGGGGAGGUCACUUAUUUUUCUACCCCAAUGGCAAAAUGUAGGUUUUGGUCUCUGCCUGCUAUAAAGGCAUGAAGUGAGGGUGCUUCUCCAGUACUGUGCAGGAGCUCAUUAAUAUUAGUGCAGAGUGUGGUAUCCCUUGAUGCUAAUAGGUUGGGAGGAAGUCUCUUUCUCACCAUUUUUUUGUUGCCUUUUGCAGACACAGGUACAGAGGGCUUCUCAGGACAGCACUGUAGGUAUGAAGUAACUACAAAAGAUAAAUAAAAUUCUAUGGGAGAUGUUGACUUGGUAGUACAUGCAUAGAUUCAAUACAUAGACAGACUUAUUUUGAACAUACAUUCUCAUGAUCAGGUGUCUGGCUGGUCAUCUGAAGAACUAGUCCUGAAAUUUUGCAUUUGGCUAUGUCUCUGUAGUUGAUACUCUGAGAGGAUCAUGCCAUCUCAGUCUUAUGGUCUUGUAAAAGAAAUCAGGGUUUGUCUAUUGGAACUAGCAUUGCUUAUCCCUGUCCUGGGAAAAAUAAAAUUUCCUAAAUAUGUGGAAGAGAUUUGAAAGCCAACACACACUUUUAGCUGGCAGUAAAAAGGAGAACAAUCUCAGACACUUCAUUGUGUACCUAAAUGAAGCAUUUUACUUCAGUGGAACUUCUUUGUUGCACUGGUUCAGUGGAACUGAGUUUGGGCAAACAUCUCAGUAUUUUCCUGAAUAAGAAAUUUUAGAAGAUAUUUAUCAUCUUUUCAGGUAAGCAGAGCAAAUCUACACCGUGGUUAAGGCAGUGAGCUUGUGAGCUCUGUACCUUCCAGUAGCAUCUCUUAUAAUAGGGGAAAAAUACUAUGAAAGAGAAGAAAUACAGCAUUCCCUCCUCACCCAAUUCUUAUUCAGGUAUUAUAGUCCUUACUUCUUCCCAAAUAAUUUUGACUGUAAAUUUCUGCUGAAUCCAAGGUGGACUCUGAGGAAGUUUGACUGAUCUACAAGUCAGAACAAGCUGAUAAAGAUGCAACUUAUUUCAGGCUGGAUCUACAAACAGGACAUGCUCUUUCAAGUAUAGGCUGCCAAGGGCUAUCCAGAAGAAAGAGAAAGCAGGUUUUAUUCAUGUCAGUGGGCCUAUCCUACCCUAACUUUCAUUUAAAGCAAGAUGAGUGUCUCUCUUUUAAGACUUUUAAUGACCCAGAACGCCCUGUGAGUAAGUGCUUGGAUAUAGCACAGCAGUGUUGAACAACGUACCAUUUUCGAGGGAGAGUGCCCUACUCACCCUAUGCAAACUCAGCAGCUAGUAAUCUGUGCCUGUUUAAGUAAACCUCAAAGAAUUGAAAACCCUCCUUUUUUUCGUAGAGGCAGCAGCUCCUUUUGAUGCUCUACCACAGAGCACCCCUGAAAGCUGCAAGUCAGAGGCUGGAUCUUUGCUUCAGCCCCUUUUUGGUAGUUAAGUAUCCUGAGUUAGAUCACACUGAUAUACAGACAUCAAUACUUUUGCAAUGCCCUCAUUAAUCUCCGUGGCCUGCAUCU